AUGAUGCCCAAUAACAAUGCCAAUAACAAUACCAAUAUCAAAAAUACUGUGGAUCCGGAGCGAUAUCAUGGAUAUAACCAUAACCCGUGGUGUCAACGAUGUCACGGACAUAAUCAUAACCAUAACCGCCAAUAUCGACGCCAAAACGAUGGAAAUACCGAUAUGAUGCCAGGCCACAGUGCCUAUAUGAUGCCAGGCCACAGUGCCUAUAUGAUGCCAGGCCACAGUGCCUACGAUGCCAGGCCCCAGUGCCUAUAUGAUGCCAGGCCCCAGUGCCUACGAUGCCAGGCCCCAGUGCCUAUAUGAUGCCAGGCCCCAGUGCCUACGAUGCCAGGCCACAGUGCCUAUAUGAUGCCAGGCCA